CUGGCAUCCUUUAAUCUGAGCUCAGCCGCCUUGGGGUGCACUCUCACAGAGACGGGGACCAGCUCGCUUCCACAGCCCAGCCAGGGAGAAGGAGACCCGGUCGGACUUUUCACCUCUCACCCAUCCCCACAUCUGGAUUUAAAAAAAAAAUAAUAAUAAUAAUAACAACAAAAGCAAAAAAAAGCUCCUCGAGGUUUUUUCUCCUCCGAUUUUUCUUUUUCUUUUUUGUUCAGAACACUUGAAGGAGAAGAAAGAAAAUAAAAAAAAAUGGGAGCCCAGUUUUCCAAGGGUGGAGUAGCUGUAGAGGGGAAAGCCGCCGUCGCCGAGCCUGCUGCCGCCAAAGCCAACGGCCAGGAGAACGGCCACGUCAAAACCAACGGCGACGUGUCGGCCAAGCCCGACGGCGAAGUGGCGGCUGCAGAUGGAAACGGAACUGCCGAACCCGCCAAGGAGGGCGAGAACGAGGCCGGCGACGCCAUCGAGCCCGCUCCCGCGGCUGAGGGCGAGGCCGCCAAGGCAGAGGGCGAGGCCGCCAAGGAGGGCAAGAAGAAGAAGAAGUUCUCCCUGAAGAACUCGUUCAAGUUCAAGGGGAUCUCCCUGAAGAAGAGCAAGAAGGGCAGCGAGGAGGCCAAGGAGGAGGCCACCUCCCCCACGACCGAGGAGAAGCCCGAGGAGAACGGCCACACCGCCAAGGAAACCAAAGAGGAGACGCCGGCCGCAGAGGCCAAGGAGGACGAGGCCGCCGCCCCCGCCGCCGCGGCUGCACCCGCACCCGAGGGCGAGACCAAGGCGGUCGAGGAGGCCCCGGCCACAGAGGCCGCCCCUGCCGAGGAGCCCGCCGCUGCCUCCGCCGCUGCCCCCGCCGCCGCCGAGGUCACAACACCUGCGGCCUCCGAGGGCGAGGCCAAGGCAGAGUGACUGCGUCCCGCCACGGCACCUGAACUGAUUUUCCAAGAUUAAAGUAUAUAAAUAUAUAUAUGAGAGACUCGUGCCACGUUCUUAAAAGUUAUAAACAAAACUACAAAAGAAGACAAAGGAUAUAUCACGUUUGCUGAUUCAACCACCAGUUCACUGCCUUUUAUUAGUUCUUCGACAGACGGAAUCUCACCGGGCCCUCUCAUGAUGAAAGCGUCGGCUUGUGUCGCCCCCUCAUGGUACACACGGGGACUGGAGUGCGGCGAAGGUAAUGGAUUGGAUGUGGAGCGAAUCAGGAAUACUGACUUAUUUUCCCAAUUCAUGGAGAAGCAUCCUUUUUUUUAACAGCGUGGCAGCCCUAUAAUGUUUUAUUUUUUCUUUCUCAUCUCUUUUUGGGAUCUAAAAAUUGUCACCGUUGCGGAGCGGGGUAGACCAUCUCCUUCACUCGAAAUGACUGUUAUACGGACACAUAAACCUUUCAACUGAUCUUGAUUUUUAGAAUUCUACAUUCCUAUGUUUUACCCCCAAAUUUCAAGUAUUUUGUCAUGUAUAGAAAAAUGAAAACCAAGGAGGGGAGGUGGAAAAAGAGCUUAUGUCUAUGUUCGUGCAUUUUCAUUCUUUUUUUCUGGCUAAAACCACAUUCGAGCUUCUUGAGUAUUGCAGUUCUCACAUUUCAGAGUUUAUGACGCAGGGUUUUUGGGAUUGUGUACAAAAUGUGAGCUUUUAAUCUGCAAACUGUCUCUGUAAAUAUGUUUUGGCCAAUAUUUUUGGUUCUCUUUAUUUUGCUAUCGUUUGAGGAUGUUAAUGGUUUUAUUGUAACUUUUAAUAAGGGUAAAUAAAUGUUUGAUCCCCUC